ACAUUUAUAUUGCUAUUGUAACUGUAAUCAGUCAAACAUCGGGUCUCAAACAACAAUAAACUGUAUAUACUGUAUAUAAACUGUAUAUUGAAUGGACAGUAACAUCAUGUCAUCAUCAAUGGCACUGACAGUCUAUUUGUUGGUCCAAUCAAUCAUCUAUUUAGGUGUUCAAUCACUGCAAAUGGUUCGGAUAUCGGCACCCGAUUACAUACGGUUUGGCGACCCAUUAUGGCUCAACUGUAGCUGCGAUUUGCCGAUACAAUCAAUUUAUUCAAUCAAAUGGUUUAAAAAUAAUCACGAAUUUUAUCGAUACAUUGUCUCCGACGCCAAACCUAAAACCUUUUACAACACUACCGGCAUUUACCCCGACACCUCGAGUACAGAGUUUGGUAACAUUCAUAUGACUCAAACGGAUUUCCAGACAGAGGGCAGCUAUCGGUGCGAGAUAUCAUCGGAGGUCAGCUUUCAGACAAUCCAUGAGUCCAAAGAUAUCCGUGUCUACUAUAUCCCGAAAGAUCCCAAUCCGAUCAUAAUUGGCAAGAAGUCUCACUAUACGGUCAACGAUUUGGUUAACCUGACGUGCACUUCGCCGCUGUCCUUACCGGCCGCACAGUUGACGGCCACCAUAAACGGCACUUCGGUGGUCGACUCAAACGAUGCCCGAUUUCAGCACCGGGUCUACUAUCAGCACUACGAAAACAAUCUGAGCGCCGCCUCAAUCAAUAUUCAGUUCAGUAGCCGAUUGUUGACCACAAGAGUGCCCUUUGAGUGUCACUCGGCUAUCAGUCACCGACACAGCCGAGUGGCCGAAGUGGCGCUUUGGACAACCUAUAAGAGCCCACAACAGCUCAGCGAUGAAACUACUUUCUAUAGCGAAGACAAACCCAUCUAUUAUGACAAUCAAGAGUCAGCUCCUGAGGAUCAGUCGGAGCCCACUAUCACAGGUCUGAGGCAGACCUAUCAGAUGUCAGACCUACUGAAUCUGACGUGUGUCUCAUCCCGACACAGUCCAGUGCCAGAGCUCAGAUGGUUCAUCAAUAAGCACGAAGUUGAUCGACAAUAUCUGGUCCACGAAAGGCCCACCCAUUAUACUGAAGGACAGACAGUUGUUUCAGUGAGACUACAAUAUAGUUUGCGUUCAGUUAAACCGUUUAAGACAUUCAAAACCAAUCGGUUUGCGGUCAGUGUUAAGUGUGUAGAAAGUCUAACCCAAGUGCUCACUACUGGCAAAGAGACGCUAAUCAUUGCCAGUGCUGUCGAACCCAUCACUGAUAAUAGUUUCGGUGCCGUUAAAAGCUAUAUGGAAAACAAUGGACAUACUAUUCAAACAAAUUUUAUUGAUUUAAUAAAAUUAUUAACAAUCAGUGCAUUCCUCAUGUUUUUUGUAUUUAAUAAACUUUUAAUUGUUUGUUUCUUGUAUUUGAGUCAUUAA